AUGGACCGGUUCUUGUGGACCAGCGGCCUCCUGGAGAUCAACGAGACCCUGGUGAUCCAGCAGCGCGGGGUGCGCAUCUAUGAUGGCGAGGAGAAGAUAAAAUUUGAUGCUGGGACCCUCCUUCUUAGUACACACCGACUAAUUUGGAGAGAUCAGAAAAAUCACGAAUGCUGCAUGGCCAUUCCCCUUUCUCAGAUUGUUUUCAUUGAAGAACAGGCAGCUGGAAUUGGGAAAAGUGCCAAAAUAGUAGUUCAUCUUCACCCAGCUCCUCCUAACAAAGAACCUGGUCCAUUCCAGAGCAGUAAGAAUUCCUACAUAAAACUUUCCUUCAAAGAACAUGGCCAGAUUGAGUUUUACAGGCGUUUAUCCGAGGAAAUGACACAGAGAAGAUGGGAGAAUAUACCAGUUUCCCAGUCAUUACAAACAAAUAGAGGACCCCAGCCAGGAAGAAUAAGGGCUGUCGGAAUUGUAGGUAUUGAAAGGAAACUGGAAGAAAAAAGAAAGGAAACUGACAAAAACAUUUCUGAGGCCUUUGAAGACCUCAGCAAGCUCAUGAUCAAGGCUAAGGAAAUGGUGGAGUUAUCAAAAUCAAUAGCUAAUAAAAUUAAAGAUAAACAAGGUGACAUCACAGAAGAUGAGACUAUCCGGUUUAAAUCCUACUUGCUGAGCAUGGGAAUAGCUAACCCAGUUACCAGGGAAACCUAUGGCUCAGGCACACAGUAUCACAUGCAGCUGGCCAAACAGCUGGUUGGAAUAUUGCAGGUGCCUUUAAAGUUACUUUCACCAGAAGAUUUAGUGAAUUCAUGCAAGAUGCUGGAUGCGCUGAAAUUACCUCUCAGGCUCCGAGUCUUUGACAGUGGCGUCAUGGUGAUUGAGCUUCAGUCCCACAAGGAAGAGGAAAUGGUGGCCUCAGCCCUAGAGACGGUUUCAGAAAAGGGAUCCUUAACAUCAGAAGAAUUUGCCAAGCUUGUGGGAAUGUCUGUCCUUCUUGCCAAAGAAAGAUUGCUUCUUGCUGAGAAGAUGGGUCAUCUUUGCCGAGACGACUCAGUGGAAGGCUUGCGAUUUUAUCCAAAUUUAUUUAUGACACAGAGCUAA